AUGUCAACCGCUGGCGCAAACGGUGACGACCUUUACGCAGACUUUAUCAACCAAAGUCACAUCGCCGCAUUCGCGGCGGCCCUCAAAGCUGACGAUGACACUUCGGACCAGGAAGCCUCGGGAGCGACAUCUCCACUCAUUCCAGCCACACCAAAGCCUCAAGGAAGGACUCGGAAGAUCAGUGCGCUCAGUGACUUUGCUCCCAUCGCCACCCGAGUGAAGCGACAAAGGAGUAAGCGGGUUAGGAGUGCUCCACAGAGGGAAUUCGUCUUCCAACUCGCCCGCUGGCCGUUAUUGUUUCUUCUCGCAAUCGUGAUAUUCGGACAGUUUGGUCUUUAUGUAGCUAUUCGGCAAGUUGUCAACGCUCUAGAAUGGUUGUUUGCCUGGAGAGGUCGAAAAGGCGUUCUUCGAAAGAAGCUCAGGAGUGCGCAGAGUUACGAAGAAUGGAAGGAAGCUGCCCUGAAGCUGGACGAAGGGCAUGAAGAAGAGGACCCUUAUCACGACUAUCUUCUCGUAAAGAAGGUCCGACGUUCUCUUAGAAGUCUUCGACAAAAGAACGAUGCGCGAGGUCUCCUUGGUGUCCUUGACCUAUGUUUGAGGGCCAACUUUGCCGGCACUGAGAGCGCCCGUUUGUACUCAGAGACCUUUUACGGUACAAAGGACUCUGUUGAAGCUUACAUCAACGAGGUCGAGGCCGCAAUCGACUUUGUCCGCCGUUCGCCAGAUAUCACACUUGACGAGAAGAGGAGAUUCUUUAAAAGUGCAAACCAUCAUUUUGGCGUCGUAAAGGCGCUUCUGGAUGCCAAUCUGCUGCCACGAGUGAUAGCCGGGACCUCUUGCGGAAGCCUAAUUGCUGCCUUGGUCUGCACACGGACUGAUGAGGAGCUGAAGAAACUCUUGGUACCUGAACUUGCCGACAGAAUCACUGCCUGCGAGGAGGGAUUUUUCACAUGGUUCAGAAGAUUCCUUCGCACUGGGGCUCGGUUCGAUACCGUUGAUUGGGCCCAGAAGACAAUGUUCUUCACGCGGGGAUCUAUGACAUUCCGCGAGGCCUAUGAACUCACUGGCCGGGUACUCAAUGUCUCAGUGAUUCCAUUUGACCGACAUUCUCCGACCAAACUACUCAAUUACUUGACUGCACCUGAUUGUGUUAUCUGGACUGCCGUCCUCGCAUCAGCCGCCGUACCUGGUAUCCUCAACCCUGUGGUUUUAAUGGAGAAGACGAAGAAUGGCACUAUGAUCCCGUGGAAUUGGGGUAGCCGUUUCAAGGAUGGGAGCCUCCGGGUUGAUAUUCCACUUCAGUCUCUCAACCUUCUCUUCAACGUGAGCCACCCAAUCGUGUCCCAAGUCAAUCCACACGUGCAUCUAUUCUUCUUCUCAAGCCGAGGGUCCGCUGGGAAGCCAGUGGCUCAUCGCAAGGGAAAAGGAUGGCGUGGUGGUUUUCUUCUCUCGGCCGCUGAACAAUUCUUGAAGCACGAGUUGACCAAAAACUUCAAGGUGAUACGAGAUCUCGAACUGAUGCCCCAGUUGUUGGGUCAAGAUUGGAGUUCCGUAUUUCUUCAAAAGUUUGAAGGUUCUGUGACACUCGCUUCAUGGCAAGACUGGGUACACAUUCUCAGUGACCCUAGUCGAUCUGAUCUAGAAAGAAUGCUCAAAAUUGGAGAGCACGUUACUUGGCCAAGGAUUCAUAUGAUCGAGAAUCGCUUCCGGAUAGAGCGCAAGAUUUUCCGAGGUCGCCUUAGCGUCAAGCGCGCUUCUCAGGUCAAGGGAGAUCGAACACCCGCCAUCGAAGGGACCUCUGGACCCUCGCCAGCUGCACUCCAUGCUAUUCUAUCCUCCACCGCCGCGAAUCAUGCAGACACAUCGAGUGGAGGGGCUGGUCAUCAUACUCCAAAGAAGUUCCCAGCAUCCCUUGGUUCAGAGCAAAUAGCAGUCGAGUCCGACGCCGAGGCAGGGUUUGCUGCUGGCUCCGAGAGAUUCUUCAAAAAGGCCCAUGGAAAGAGUAAUCGGAGGGCGUCGCAGAGUCUGGCUCAGAUCGACACCUCCAACUCGCGACAACACCCAGACAUAAUCGUUCAGACGGCCUCUCCAGAAGACCAGCGAAAGAACUCGGCGGGAAACUACUCGACGAUGCCGUCACCUAUUCGACGUCGACGGUGGGGAUCUUCAAUCUAUAAUGCAUUUUCCCAAUCCCAUUCAGGCGAGCCGUCGACUGCCCCAAUAUCCACUGGAAGCCAGCAGGCAGAGACAAAUCAUGUCGCCCCAAUGACUUCUGUCGAUCCGAACAAUCGCUCCUUUUUUGCCCGCCUCCGAUCCACCUCGUUCAACGCCUUGGCCUCGCCAUUUGUGCGCGCGCCGAAUGUUGCUCGCGAAGCUGAUGUGCGAAGCCUGACAAGUGCUCAGCUUGCGGACGAGAGAUGGAGUAGUGAUUCCUCGAGCGAAGAUGAGUUUCUCUGGAAUAAUGAGCGUACAGCGGCAGAGUCCACCUUUGCGAUAGACGUUGGGGAAGAAGAGCUCAAUUUGGCGAAUGAUUCUGGUCUAUUCAUGUCAAACGCGCGAGAAGACGAAGAUGCAGACCUCACGACGGACUUGCAAGAGAGUCCAUGA